AUGGCGAAGCACACGGUGUCCUCGGCGCGGUUCCGCCGGGUGGAUGUCGAUGAGUACGACGAGAACAAGUUUGUGGACGAGGAAGAAGGAGGCGACGGGCAAGCGGGGCCCGAUGAGGGCGAGGUGGAUUCGUGCCUGCGGCACUCUGGCACAGGGAACAUGACGGCUGCACUACAGGCGGCUCUGAAGAACCCUCCCAUCAACACAAAGAACCAAGCAGUGAAGGACCGUGCAGAAAGCAUUGUCCUGAAGGUCCUCAUCUCAUUCAAAGCCAAUGACAUUGAGAAGGCAGUGCAGUCACUGGACAAGAAUGGGGUUGACCUGCUGAUGAAGUACAUCUACAAAGGCUUUGAGAGCCCCUCUGACAACAGCAGUGCUGUGCUGCUGCAGUGGCAUGAGAAGGCGCUGGCUGCAGGAGGAGUGGGGUCCAUCGUGCGCGUUCUGACUGCCAGGAAAACGGUUUAAAUCCAGCAAGGAGCAGCUGUCUGUCCUUCAGGGCCCGGGAAGUGCUGGUGCAAACCCCAGACCACCACAUGCCGUUGCUGCCCCAUGGACAGUGCCUGUCUCUCAGCUUGCCUUCUUGCUGCUGCUUUCAUACCUGACCAGUAAUGCAUAUCGUGGUCUCUUUUUUAUGGGUUUUUUUGUUAAAUUCUGGAAAAUUAUGAAGGUGCAAUUUUGUUUCUAACAGGAAUAUUUGGUACUGGUAAACAUUUCAGUGACAGCAUCUAGUGAUGUCUUUAGGGUGAUUGGCAUUUGUGUGUAAUUAUGGCUGAUUUCAACCUGACUUUCCAAGUAAGUGCCGAGGGACCGAGGGCAAUGUCUUAAUUCUUUCUGCUAGCCAAGCAGUGUUUUGCCCUAAGAUCUAUAUUUGAGAAGUGAGGCAGCUAUUAACAUAGGUAAUGGGACCAUACUUCCUUUGGUGAACCUCUGAACCUACAGCCUUGAACAGGACAGCAAGCAAAAACUCCUUUCUGACCCCAAUUAAUCAUUCCAGAGAGCUGAGCGUUUUCCUUACCCUUGCAUCUCACAGCCUGCUCAGGUUCCUUGUGAUGAGUCAGGUCCACAGCAGGGAGGUCAUGAAGUUGUCCAUCAAGCAGUUGGGAUGGUAGAACCUAAAAGGCUGAUGGUCCAUUUAUGCUGGAGCCAAGCCCAGUGGGAGUAAAGAUCCUGAAAUGACGGAAAAACAGCUUUCACACAGCAAAUCCCCUUUCAGCAACUUGAAAGGAGUCUAAUUUUGUCAAGCACAAUGAAGAGGCUGCUUGGGGAAAUCUGAGAAACACUUAACUGGUGUCCACUUGGUCCUUGCAGAGCUCCAAUAUUUUUUUUCCUAGUCUCUUAAGGGACACCAGAGAGUUUACAUUCCUGUUGGGUUGAGCCACAACAUGUUAGGUAGUGGGCAAAUCAGGUUCCAAAAUACAGAGGAGUAUCUCACAAAGAACUGGGAAAGGCCAGGACAUCCCAGACCUCAGGUCACUCUUGAUGGUUUAGGGCCAGGACUGAAACACAUAUUUUCCAUUCACCAUUUUACUGCAGUUCACUUGUGUAAAACUGUUGGGGAACUUGUGAAAUCUUUGCUGUUUUUUGAUACCUGCUUUUUUUUUUGGUAAAAAUAACAAAGACCAGACAAUAAA